CAGCUUGCGCAUGAAAGAUUACCCUGCAGAAUCUAUGCGUACCGCAUAUAUGUGCCGUAUAAUCACUGUUUUCGAAACUCCACUCACACAGAAGCUGCUUGAACGCGGUCCCGUUUUGACGCGCGCGUAACUAAAAUUUGAGAAAAUCGCAUUGAGCAUUCAUUUUCUGCUUGAUUAUGUGUGUUGUGUAAUUACCGUUUGAUAUCUUUCGCAAAAUAAGCAUUCUGUGAUGUCGAACAAAUCUAGCAACAAACCUAACGUAACCGAUGUGUCUGAGAAGAAGCAAAUUCCACAACGAGAUUCAAUUAUAAUCGAAGAUGUACCAAAUGCGAAAAUUGCGGAUUUCGAAACGGCGAUUACUGUCGCCGGGACCGGGAAGUUUCAAUAUCUCCUGAUUCUUGCGAUUAUCCCGGUCUCCUGGGCAUCGAGUAUAGAUACGGCAAAUAUGUCGAUGAUACUCGCACCGGCGGAAUGCGAUUUAGGAUUGUCGCUGUUCGAUAAAGGGCUCUUGAAUGCUGGUAUCUACGUGGGUAUGGUGUUGAGCGGUUUUGUAUGGGGAUUUCUUGCUGACGUUAAAGGAAGAAAGAAAGUUAUAUUAUAUGGCUACAUGGCCGAUGGUAUCUGCAAUGUAUUCGCAGGAUUUUCGCAGAACUUUGAGACGCUUCUAUUCUUCAAAUUUCUCAGUGGCCUUAUUGUGAGCGGUCCAUAUGCCUCUCUUAUGGCAUACUGUGCGGAAUUUUAUGGCGCCAGCGGUAGAACGAAGAUACCAAUUCUCGUUGGCUUCUCGGUUUCGUUUGGAAAUAUAUUUAAUGCAGCGUUAGCUUGGCUAGUGGUUCCUCAGCCGUGGUCAAUUGUUCUUUGGGACGGUGCCUUCGUCUAUAAUUCCUGGAGGAUCUUUCUGUCCCUCUGUGGAGUAUCGUCGUUGAUAGGCGUCGUUUGCAUCUCUUUCUUCCCGGAGAGUCCUAAAUUUCUGAUGACGCAAAAUCGUAACGAAGAUGCCCUUGAAGUUUUCAAGACGAUUUACAACAUGAACACUGGCCUGCCUAAAGAUAACUAUCCUAUACGCGCCUUAAGUGAUGUAAAUUUAAACAGUAUAACUGCGGAGCAAUCAAAAUGUGACAACAGUACAAAAGCGAGUUUAAAGAACGGAAUUCAGCAGAUGAAACCCAUUUUCUUGAAUCCACAUUUGUCGCGUAUCAUAUUAUUUGUGGUUAUACAAUUUUGUAUGAUGUUGGGUUUAAAUACCCUUCGCCUUUGGCAGCCACAACUUUUUGCGACGAUAGACAAUUUUUACAGUCUUGAUACGAACGUAACUAAUCCUACCUUCUGCGAAAUACUGGAUAUUUCGACGUCUAUUAAUGCAAAUAGAACUGUUGCAUUGGAAGAAAUAUCAACUUGCGAAAAUAUUCUUAUAUCCGAUACAAUGUACAUCGACACAAUUAUUGUAUCGAGCACUUCUAGUAUCUUUAUAUUGGCCGCCAGCGUCUUUGUUCAUUUUCUGCAACACAAAUAUUUAUUAUUUAUCGACUACGGAUGCUCGCUUUUGUGUCUGAUAGCUUUAAUCUGGUCUACAAAUACGUUAACCACCCUUGUGCUCACGUGUUUAUACGUCGGAUUAUUAAGUAAGAGUUUCAACAUUCUGGUCGGCGCAACCGUUUUACUUUUCCCCACGUCUUUGAGAGCUAUGGCAGUAAGCACAGAAAUGAUAAUAGGAAGAGUGGGAUCCAUGAUUGGUAAUUUCAUGUUCCCUGUCUUACUUCAGUAUGGCUGCUUAGCACCGAUUAUUAAUUUGAUAUGUUUCACUUUGUCAUGCAUGCUUCUUACGUGUUUCAUACCGAGUACAAGCAAGCACGCGGUGUAAGUUACGCUGAUCUUGAGAGAUUGGAGGUGGAUUUGAGCAGAAGACGAGUUUCACUUCUUGCGAUCCGUCUCCGUAAUAACGUCUCCAUCUACGAGGCCCCAACGAUCGUUUAGCAGAGCCGAACUGGAGGCUCUCCAAGGACCUGAAUCGAGGCUUAUCGCGAGCUGCGAUCGAACUCGUAUGAGGGCGGACAAUGGUCAUGCAUAUACAUGCAUCACACAACGAAAGACUGCAUGAGACCUUGAGUUUCACUUUCGACAUAUCCUGGAGAGCCCUCCAGCCUUCACCCACAUGCUCAUGCCCCUCCAUCCCGCGCCUCUCCACGUGCGUGGACGCGACUUUAUCGCAGAUCUCAGGACCUCGCCACCUCCGUCGAUCGGUGCAAUAAAAUGUACCGGCGUAAGUAAACUGAGUAAACUCACACGCCCGUAAAUUUUCAUCUCCCCCCCCCCCUUUAAAAAAACACAGGAAAACGUGCAAACAUAGCGUGAACUUUUUGUAGCUGUAAUUAAAUGUAUUUUAUCGUGAUCUGCCUCCGAUUGUGGAUGAUUAAUUACAUGGCAGAAAUGCUUUUAGACUUGUGUCUUAAAUGCUCUUAGACAUGCAACACGUGAAUUAGGAGAAGAUGAAGCGCAUCGCACGUUUACGUUAUCUAUUUCGUGAUAUUUAUCUUGCGUAAACGUAAUGUAUAAACAUUUUAUUCUAUAAUCAAGUGGGUGGUUCUUGAGAAUUAUCGUUAAGUGAGUUAGCGAUUAUAGGAUUUGUAAAUUGCUCACGUUCUUUAUUUGUUCAUGGCGAAAAACUGUGAUACAAUUUAAAAACUAUUAUUUUCAGACAAUUACAUUGAUGUGGCGAUAUGUGCGACAUAAUAACGACAUGUGUAUAUUUUACAGCGUGCGGUUUGUUAUUUCAGAGACUGAAAAACGGUUGUAUCACAGGCACACGAUUGUAGUUUAUACAAAUACAAUGUAAUUAAUAUUUAUAUAUUACAAAUGCAUAACUAUUAUGUACACGUAUAAACAAGAAAUAUUAUAUCCACUUAACAACAGAA